AUGGCGAUGGCAGAUGUUCUGCCUGCGGGGGAAAGCGGCGAGCAGACGGCGGUCGAUGAAGCCGUUCCAGGAGCGCAAACGGCUCCGGCGGACCCAUGGGGCCAAGCGGGCCAAGACCCCUGGGGGGGAUCUUGGAGUGCUGGGGAUGGGCCGACAACGACCCAAUCCGGAGCGAACGAAACGGAAAUGUGGAACGACUCGACUGACGCAGCUGCCAAUCUGUGGGAUUGGUCUGGCCGCAGCUCUGAGUGGCGCAGCAACUGGGACUGGGAGUGGCGACGGUCUCAGCAAGAUAGUCGAUCAAGAAGCUGGUGGGAAGAAGACCGUUCCCACGACAACGGGAGUUCGACUACUACGGCGGGUGAUGGCUCGUGGCAGGCCGAUGCAGAUCGCGGCCGACAGACUCCGGAGACCUGGGAUUCUACGUGGGACUCAGCACGUGACGCCAGAUAUGAUGGGAGCGCACAUCGCGACUCCCGUUGGGGCUCUGGCAAAGACGAGUGGGAUGCUCAGUACCGGGAGUUCGAUCGUCGCGGAGCUCCUACAGAGAAGAUGGCAGUCCCGGGUUUUUCUGCGGACGCCCUGGGCGAAGAGCUCGGGACCUCAGCUCGGAGCUACUUGAGACAGAUCGAUGUGUGGUGCAAGGUCACGAGGACACCUCCUGACCAACGGGCGCUGAUGUUGUAUCAGCAUCUCUCAGGCCGCGCCUGGGUCGAGGCAGAGGAGCUCAAUGUGGAGACUCUCUGUAGUGAAGAAGGCGUUGAGACCUUCCGCCGCUGGAUUCAAGACCGUUACCAGGAGGUGGAGGUGUCGAAGAUCGCUGAGGCCCUGACUUUCUUCUUCCGUCGUCUUCGUCGUGCUCCAGGCCAGACUGUUAGGGAGUUUAAUUCCAGCUUCGAUCGGGCUUACAGUCGUCUUCUUGAAAUCGAUUGUCGUCUACCUGAAGUCGCACGGGCUUGGGCGUACUUGAAUGCCAUGCAGUUGACAUCCAGUGAAGAGCUGGCGAUUCUGGCAUCGGUCGGAAACGAGUACAGCCCCGGAAGGCUUCAGAAGGCGGCGAUCAUGCACGAGAAGAGCUUGAAGGGGCCCUGGUCCUUUCGCAAGCCCGGCGUCUUUGACGAGAAGCGGAAGCCGACCAAGAACUACCUGGCCGGGAUCACCGAGGACGAUGAGGACGAGGACUCGGAGGGCACGGAGGUCAUGCCGGAAGAGCUGGCGUACGAGCUACACGAAGCAUAUGUUGCUCAAGAGUCGGCAAAAGCUAAGUACAAAGACUUCGUCAAGUCUCGCGGCUAUGAGGCGGGCCGCGGCUACGAUGCGGGUGGCCACGAGAAGGGGACCGAGCGCUCGGCCUCCGAGCGUCUGAAGCUUGCGAAAAGCAGGAGCUUUUGCGCUGGCUGCAAAAGGAGAGGUCACUGGCACAGAGACCCAGAAUGUCCGUUGAAUCGGACCUCGGCGGGCACUUCUGGGAAGACUGAGGGCGACGCGGGCAAGGACACCAAAACCAAGGACGCCUAUGUUACCCACGUUGCCUAUGUCGUCGGUGAGGCCGCCCCAACGGAACGCUUGAUGGCAAUCACAGACUGUGCAUGUAGCAAAUCUGUUGCAGGGCAAGGAUGGCUAGAGCAAUACACCCGGUCUGCUAGACACCUCGGUCUUGAUGUUCCCCUACAUCCCUGUGAUGAGAACUUCCGAUUCGGCGCGAGCAAGGUCUUCCACGCCAGCUUCCUUGCCACCAUCCUGUUGGAGCUCGAGGGCCGCCGGGUGCUGAUUCGUGUUGCAGUUGUUCAUGGUGAUGUACCACUUCUCCUCAGCAGGAAUGUGCUUGCUAAGCUAGGUAUGAUCUACAACAUGGCUGACCACACAGCAAGCUUCUCUGCUCUUGGAGUACAUGAUUACCAGCUGUGCUACACCGACAGCAAGCAUCCAGCGGUUCCCGUGCAGCCUCAGAGUGCCGGGGGUUUUGUGUUUCCGAGCCCCCAAGAGUGGGGCGGCGAUGAGAUCAAGAUCCUCGCUCAGAAUGCUCGGCAAUACACGGCGUACAUGCUUAGUGAUUGCGGUUCAGGGCUUGCAACCACUACGCGAGUGUUCUUUCCCAAGAAAGUCAGUGCUGUAGUGUUCAACAUGCUCACGGAUGACGUCCUGAACACAACUUUGUUCUGUGAUUGGUGGUCCGAAACCAAGGUUUCCAACGACUUUUGGCUUGAAACGAAUGAGGCCUUUUACAGGAUCCACGUCGUGAACGUAUGGCGCUGCAACAAGAAGGAGCUGAUCAGCUACGCCCACGAGCUGGGCAUCACAGUCUACGAGGGCUGGACCGUCGGGGAGAUCAGGCACCUGAUUCAGGAGUACCGGAAGGCGAACAACCUGAUGAACACCAGCGAAGUUCCGAAAGGCCUGGGGAGCAUGUCCUUGGCGGAACUCAAGACGAAGGCCGAGGAGCUGGGACUGGAAAUCCCUGCACGAGCAACGAAAGGGUCCCUGCAAUUGGCCAUACGGGACCGUACCAAAGGAGCGGACGAGGAGAUCGUGACCUUCGGGAGGUACCGCAAUCACCUCUACAGAGAGGUACCGGAUGCCUACCUGGCUUGGGCAAUCAAGGAGACCCAAGCGAAUGCGAACGCCUCCCUCGAACUUCGUCACCUCGCAGCCUGGGCCGAAGGGAAGCUGGAGGACCGGAAGGCUACGAGCUCCGUGGAUCCAGAGUCGGUGGCGGUGGUUCCGUACAGCCCCACGGAGCCUGGGACCUCGUCGACCUCGCGGUGGUCAAUGGUGGCACCGAGGACCGACGGGCAACUACCGCUGAAGCCCAAGGCCAAGGCGAAGGCGAUCACCGAAGUGGUGGGACACCGCGGCUAUCCAGAGGACCGUGGGACGAACAAGCAGUCCCGGGCACGUUCGGAGAUCAGCGAGAUGACCGAAAGGAUGAGUCAGGACGUGCCGCCGGAGGUCCAGGAGGAGCUGGCACCAGCUGGGCGCGCCGACACUGGUCAGCGCGACGCGCCCUCUUCCAUAGCUGACCAAGACGGCCGGGCUGCUGGAAUUUCCCGGAGCAGCUGGGCCGAGACUUCUAUGAACUCCGGGCCGGAUGGCAUUUGGCUAUCUGGGGGAGAUUGUCAAGAAGACGCCGCCCAACAUGAUCCAGGCCCUAACCACCUUUGCGGCGCAGUUUGCAAGAAGAAGGUGACGUUCGACGUCACCGAGGAUCGGGCCGAUCAGAUUGCUGAUGUUAUGAGCUCCGGGCCUGAUGGCACUUUGCCACUGGGGGGAGACGUAGACAAGACCGAGGAGGCCUACGGCGAGAACGGGAGCGAUAACUACUACGAAUGCCAGGACGAGGACGACGCUGCGAUCGACGACCGCACCCGUUACCCGGAUGCCCCUGAGCACAUCGGCUACCUCGGCGACCACACGAAGAACGAGACCAUCGAGGACCUCGCCAAGAGACUACGACGCGAUCGCCGUUUCAGCCUCGAAGAUUGCCAACCCCUACUACGUCUCCUUGGGGAAGUCGGAACCAAGAAUGCGAAUCGCGAUGUUCAUGGGGACAAGGCAGCUACUCUGGCGAUCGGGGCCUACGCUUACGGCUCUUUCUAUGGUCUGACGAGAGGGACGUAUCAGUACGUGGAGUCGGCCCGCUACCUGAACGAGCUCCUAAAGCGCCAGGGCAUGACUGGGAAGUGGACAGCCAUUUGCCUUAGCAGGAAUGCCCCUGCCAAGGUUCACCGCGACUCCAACAACUGUCCGAACACCUACAACCAGACCAUCUCCUUCGGCGACUUUUCGGGUGGUCGGCUUUGGCUUGAAGACACCAAUGGUGAGGCAUCCUACCACGAUACUCGAGGAAAGGUCUUUGUUUUCGAUGCUCACCGCCGGCAUGCUACUGAGGACUGGGUCGGCGAAAGAUUUACUCUCACCACCUACACGCCCCGAGGAGCUGAACACUUGAAUCAGGUUCAACGUGACACUCUCAGGACUUUGGGUUUCCCGAUUGGUCGUGACCGGAUUGAAAGACCGGCCCUGGAUGGAGCAUCCACAACCGGACAAUCAACAAGAGUCAGACCGAGGAAAGGAGCCCGAAGAACUUUGUGGAAGAAUGCCCUGAAAGUGUACAUGCUUUUCGCGGUCACCCUCAAUGCUGUCUACAGUGUCUCCUCUGAGGUUUAUGGUGGUCGUCAAUGGGCCGGGAAAACGGCCAUCUUGGAGGUUGGCGAUCAUGCCAACACCUGCGCCGCCGCCGAACUCGGCAAGGAUGUCGCCGAGCCCUUGGAGACCAGUGACUUUCGAGGUGAUGUUGGACUCAGGCGGCUUCGUGCUCUACUUGACGAGUUUUCUCCUCGCGUCCUCUGGUUCAAUGAGCCCCAGAUCACAGAGGAAGACUGGCCACGAGUCUUCGAAGCUGGAGCUGCCCAACUGGUGCGCGGAGGCACUCUCAUUGUCCAGCAGGGAGAUCCCGGACUUGACUGGUCCACCGGAUUGACGGCCCACUUCCAUGGCUACAACUACGAGGUCCGAGAAACCGAGCAGGGCUUCCUUCAUGUGAUCAAGAACAACGAGAUUGACUACCACGAUCCUGAGCACGAGCUGUGCUAUGUCGUUGAUCAAGAAGGAAGGCCAGGACCCGAUGCGGGACCGUCCGGAGCGAGCGCCAUCACUUUUCCGAGUCAUGUUCCUCGGCAUGUUCAGAGCUCCCUUGCCCGGCUACACCAGAACCUGGGGCACCCGUCUCCGGGCGAUUUGAGCCGGCACCUCAAGUAUGCGGGCGCAGAGGCCUCCAUCUUGAAGGCCGCCAAGAUGAUGCGAUGCCAAGUUUGUGACCGGAACAAGAGGACUCAUGCGGCUCGCCCGGCCGCGCUGCCAACCUUGUUGGACUUCAACGCCCUCGUCUCUGUCGACGUCUUCUCGGUGUUUGACGCUAACAAGAAGCGACACUCCCUCAUGUCCGUCAUUGACCACGCGACGACCUUCCAUAUUGUCCGAAGACUGGAGGGUCACAGCACCGAGGCCUACGAGCAGGCCUUCAUCCAGGCCUGGGGCAACUCUUUUGGAGCGCCAGUGACUUUGUCCGCUGAUUUAGAGACGGGCCUUCAAGCCGGUCUUACCCGGUACGCCGAAUUUCAUGGUGUGAGAAUGAGGCGGUCAGCCGGCCAAGCACACUGGCAACAAGGUCUGGUAGAGCGCCAUCAGAUGUGGUACGAGGACAUCAUCAAGCGGGUCAUCGACGAACAGACGGUGACCGAAGACGAGAUCGAUCUCGCAGUGGCCUGUGUGAACCAGGCCAAGAAUCAAUUGCGCCGGAGGCACGGGUACUCGCCAUCACAAGCAGUUUUCGGAAAGGAUCCGGCCACUCCGGAAGAACUUCUUGCCGGAGGCGACGAGGAACGAUUCCUCGAGAUCAUGACCGCAGACCGGAAACGCCAAAAGGAAGUCAGCAUCAGGAGUGCCGCUCGAGUUGCCUUCUUCCGCUCCCAGACCGACACCAGGCUGAGGAGAGCUUUGAUCCAGAGGGCCCGUAUCAAGCACACCUCCUACCACAUUGGCGAGAUGGUCUGCUUCUACCGCAUCGAGAAGGUUGCCACCAAGCGCGGGAGUUGGAGAGGGCCCGGAGUGUUGGUCGGAACGGAAGGGCCCAGCAACUGGUGGGUCUCAUUCGGUGGCCGCUGUCAUCUUGUUGCUGAAGAACAUCUCAGGCCCUCCACUGCAGAGGAGUUGAACGAACUACUAUCGACACGAGUGGCCAAGGAAGACUUGGACCGAUUGCUCCGGAACGACCCCGACGAUCCGGAGGUCUUCGAGCCGGAGGACAUGGAAAUGGAUCCGGAUUUGGCGGAGUACUCCCCCUCCGAACCGGACGAGAACUUCGCCUACGAUUUCCCCUCCGGCGAUGUCGAGAUGCCUGAAGUCUCCGAGAGUGCGGUCCCCGAAGUACCAGGCCCAAGCGAACCUACUGGACAGGACCCGCCAGAACCGUCCGGGUAUGGUCCCAUCCUACGACGAGUCCGAGGGAAAAAGAAGGCGGAGAAGGAGCCCUACUCCACCCUCAUGUUGCGCAAGGCACACACAGAGCGGUCGAGAGAGAAACAGUUCGAGAAGGAACUGCCUUGGCGGAUGAUACCGCCAUCAGAACACCAUGGGUUCAAGCUCGCGGAGGACAAGCAGAUCAAGGAGCACCUGGACAACAAGGCCCUCACUCCUCUUUCCCUUCAAGAGUCCAAGGACAUCGAGGCCACCAUCCCGGCGGCGAGGAUUCUGGGAAGUCGCUGGGCCUACCGCGAUAAGAACUACAGCAAGCGCCGCUUGGACCCCAAUGUUCCUUGGCGACCGAAGAGUCGCCUGGUGGUGUUCGGGCACCAGGACCCCGACAUAGGCAAGGUCCUCACCGAUGCCCCGACGAUCAACCGGAUCUCCACCUUGAUCCUUCUCCAGUUUGUUGCCUCGAGACAAGACGGCGAUGAUCCCUGGCAAGCGAGUGCCGGAGAUGUGACUGCUGCUUUCUUGAACGGGAAACCAAUAUCCCGCACACUCUACAUGCGACAACCGCGAACUGGAGUUAAAGGAAUGGAACCUGGAGCUUUGUUUCGGAUUGACAAGGGGAUCUUCGGUCUUGUGGAUUCGCCGAGGUCGUGGUGGCUUGAGCUCAAGAAUAUCCUCCUGGAACUUAAGGUGUGCCACGAAGGCAUUGAGUAUGUGUUCAAGCAGCACGUGCUCGAUCCAUGCGUCUUCAUGGUGGUUCCAUCUCAGGACCCAGGGUCUCCACCGAAGGCCUACCUCGGUGUUCAUGUUGAUGAUCUGCUACUGGUUGGUGGCCGGAAGCUUUCACGGGCCAUUGAGGAUGCUCUGAAUGCUGUCCUCCCCAUUGACGAAUGGGAAAGGAAUGACUUCGAGUACAUCGGUUCCCACGACUAA